AUGGAUGUGUACACUGGAAGUGUAAAUUGUGGAAGUUUCGUUGCAACGCAGGCAACCAUUUAUUGUUUUGGCUUUGAUAUAUGUUAUGUGCAUAUUCGUUCAUAUUUUCAACUUCCUGGCGUUGCUGUCCAACACAUAGAAGCAAAUAUUAUAUUAACUACCAGAAAUAAAAUUUAUGGUAAACAAAUUUGGGUACAUUUAGGAGCGAUAUGUUUUAUUUCUUGGAACACCUUGAAAUGCUCGCAAGAUUACAAUAAGGCUUUACAAGUGGUGUGGCUGGUUCAAUUUUUGAAUGCCUUUUGGCUAACAACUAUGAAAAUGAGCAAUAAAUUAUGUAAAUUACUGAGAAACUCCUUUGAUAAUAUUGCGGGGAUGGUGAAUAUUGUGAACCUCAAACACAAUUAUUAUGCUUUUAACUGCAGUUUUUCGGUACAAUAUUUGUCUGUUGAAAGCAAUUUACAUAUGACAUGUUCUUCCUUUUUAAAAAAUGUAAAUAAAGUCUGUUUCUAUAAAAAAUUGAUUAGUAUCAUGAAUGUGAGAAAGAAACAUCAAAGAGCUAUAGAAAAAGAACUGACAGUAGGUGCUAUGCGUCAGUCAACAAGUGUCUAUACAAAGAGGAACAAGAAGUUGACAACAUAUUUGGGAAUAUUUGUUUCAAAAUUUGAGCCAAUCAGAAGAUCAAACAAAUUAAAAAGACAUAUUAAUGCCAAAAACUGCAAUAUAAGUGCAAGAAUAAAUAUGCGGGCUCCGCAGAAGAAACCGAAGCAAAAGGAAAACAAACUUGCUUAUGAAGGUAUACCUAAGCAUUCCAGGAGAGGCAAAUCAACAGUAACCAAAAAGGAGCAAAACUCAGUAAUAUUACUUUUAGAGUUUGUCUUGCCUGUUGUUGUCGCACUUUGA